UAGUGUAGCGGCUGCAUUUAUGUUGAGAACUUGAGAUUUGUGAGCUGCUCAGCAAAAUGGGAUGGCAGAUGGCAGGCAACAGAAUGAGAUGAGAUCCGCAAUGGAGACGGCGGCGUUGUUGAAGUCAAAAUCCGAAAGCUUAAGCUUAGCCUUCACAGAGUCCGCGAACAGAGAGCUAGCUCCUUUGGACAUGUCGUCCCCGCCUCCUUCAGACAUCUCCCCCCGCACACACCUGAGGAGAUCUCCCAGGUUCCCCGCUCUCAAUGCCACCGUGCCACGUGUUCGAAUGCGGAGGCUCACCCAUGCGGCUGAACUCCGGCGCUCUUCCAGGCUCAACGCGGUCGCCGUUGGGGGCUGCAAAAAGAGAAAGCCGGGGUCUCAUUCUCAAUCUCAAUCUCAUGCUCGCCUUCUUAAGCAGCAAAGAUCUAGGGGUCCACAAUUACUAUCGAUUGCUGACAGGAAGGACCAGAAAUCAGUUUUGGAUGGAAAAUGCAUUCAGGAAAAGAGCUGUAGGAGAUCUCCAAGGUUGACACCAACUUCUCAUUCUGAAUCAUCAAAGGCAAAGGACAAACUUGGAGCUGCAUCAAGCAAUAAGGAAUUCGUCAAGCUUUUCAAACAGUGUCAUGCGAAGCCAUUGAGGCAGUCUCCAAGAUUAAAUCCAUCUGGUGAGGCAUGUUUGCAACUGCAAGACGUGAAAAUGUCUGGUGGAAACGUUAGGAAAUCUCCAAUACUUCCAUCUUCAAGUGGCAGUGAAAACAUGGACGUCAUUUCAUUUCCAAAAAAAGAAAUUUCUGAAGUAGUUCACCAAAAGGACAAGGACACCGAACUUCCGAUUGAAUUUAAUUCUGAUUCACUAGUUAAACAGAAUUCUGAAGUUAAAACCAUCACAAGAAUCUCUCUUGAAAUUGAUGAUACAGAUUGCUUGAGAAGUUCCUCAGAGGUGGUGGAAAAUGGCAGAAUGGGUCCUGAUUCCCUUGCCUUGCUAGAGUUUGAUGACAGCCCACCAAGAAAGAAAAAUAAAAAAGUGGCUUCUACAACGAUUGAAAUAAUGGACCAUAAAAGCAUUCCUUCAUUUGUUGGCAAUCCAAUACCAGAUGAUGAAGCUCAGAAAAGAUGGGGAUGGCGUUACGAAUUGAAGAACCAAAAUAAAGGCCAAAAGUUCAAAAUGAACGAGGAUGAAGAAGACGAGAUCAUUGUAAAUGUGAAAUGCCACUAUGCUCAAGCAGAAAUUGGUAAUUGCAUUUUCAGUCUUGGUGAUUGUGCAAUUAUAAAAGGUGACAGAGAAGAAAAUCAUGUUGGCAAGAUUAUUGAAUUUUUCCAAACAACUGAUGAUCAAGAUUAUUUUAGAGUCCAAUGGUUUUACAGAGUUCAAGAUACAGUAAUCCAAGAUGAAGGCAGCUUCCAUGACAAGAGGCGUUUAUUCUAUUCAUCAAUAAUGAAUGACAACUUAAUAGACUGCAUUAUAGCAAAAGCUAAUGUAACAAUUGUAACACCUAGGAUUGAUCGGAGGUCGAUUUCUGUUUCACCAUCUGACUUCUAUUACGAUAUGGAAUAUUGUGUGGAAUAUUCUACAUUCCGCAACAUACCAGCAGAGGCCUUGGCAGUUACCAAAAGUCCACCCGAAUCUGAGUUGCGGAAGACAGAAUUAUUACUACUAGAUCUUUAUUCUGGCUGUGGUGGCAUGUCAACUGGAUUGUGCUUGGGUGCCAAAGUUUCAUCAGUUAACCUUGUGACGAGAUGGGCUGUUGAUAGCAACAAGUAUGCAACUGAAAGCUUGAAACUAAACCAUCCAGAUACAUAUGUGAGUGAUGACUAUCCCGUGCUACAACAAAAAGAUAUUUGAUGUGAACUUUUCACAUUCAACAUUGCUUUCUUCAUUGUAUAGGUGAGAAAUGAAUUGGCUGAGGAUUUUCUGGAACUUUUGAAUGAUAUAUGCUAUGGUGAUCCCAAUGAAACAGGGAAAUGUAAUCUAUAUUUGAAGGUGCGUUGGAGGGGUCACAGUGAAAGUGAGGAUACAUGGGAACCACUUGAAAACUUAAGUAAUUGUAAGGAAAGCAUACAGGAAUUUGUGAGAAAAGGGAUGAUCUCCAAAAUCUUGCCUCUUCCUGGUGAAGUUGAUGUUAUUUGUGGGGGCCCUCCUUGCCAAGGAGUUAGUGGAUAUAAUCGCUUUAGAAAUGUUGCUUCACCAUUGGAUGAUGAAAGAAAUCGUCAGAUUGUAGUUUUCAUGGAUAUAGUAAAGUAUUUGAAGCCUAAGUAUGUUUUAAUGGAAAAUGUGGUUGACAUAUUGAAAUUUGACAACGGCUCACUUGGAAGAUACGCAUUGAGUCGUUUGGUACAUAUGAAUUACCAAGCAAGAUUGGGAAUGGUUGCUGCUGGAUGUUAUGGUCUUCCACAAUUCCGGUUGCGUGUUUUCUUGUGGGGUGCUCAUCCCAGUGAGGUUCUACCUCAAUUUCCAUUGCCGUCACAUGAUGUCAUUGUUAGCUAUUGGCCUCCAACAGAGUUUGAGCGCAAUACUGUUGCUUAUGAUGAAGGCCAACCUCGUGAACUUGAGAAAGCUAUUGUUCUUCAAGAUGCAAUCUCUGAUCUUCCUGCUGUGACAAACCGCGAAACUUGUGAAGAAAUGCCAUACAGAAAUCCUCCAGAAACAGAAUUUCAGAGAUAUAUAAGGUCAACUAAAUAUGAGAUGACUGGGUCAACAUUGAAUGGAACAACAGAGGAAGGUUUACUAUAUGAUCACCGACCCUAUAUUUUGGGGGAAGAUGACUACCUACGUGUUUGUCAAAUUCCAAAACGGAAGGGAGCAAAUUUCCGUGAUCUUCCGGGUUUAGUUGUAAUUGACAAUGUGGUUAGGCGGCAUCCAACUGAGAGUCUACCACUACUACCAUCUGGAAAGCCCUUGGUUCCAGAUUAUGCCUUUACUUUCGAACAAGGGAGAUCUAAGAGGCCAUUUGGACGGUUGUGGUGGGAUGAGACAGUUCCUACGGCACUGACCUUCCCAAGUUGCCAUAAUACGAAAAUACUACAUCCAGAGCAGGACCGAGUCCUAAGUAUACGAGAAUUUGCUAGGCUGCAGGGUUUUCCUGAUUAUUAUAGAUUUUGCGGGAAUGUUAAACAGAGGUACCGGCAAAUUGGGAAUGCGGUUGCUGUUCCUGUUGGAAGGGCUUUAGGAUAUGCUCUUGGAAUGGCAUAUAUGAAGAAGCUCAGUGGAAAUGAGGCACUUAUGACCCUUCCUCCCAAGUUUUCUCUCUCCAAUUAUCUUCAGUUAUCAUCAAAGGAUCAACUCGGCAAAACUGACACUGACUAGCAUUCAUCCUUCUGUAGUUCUGUUACUAUUUUUCUUCAUUGAUUGGUUUCCCGUAAUUGAGCGGCAUGCUGCCAUUGCCAUUGAUAUUUAAAACUCCUUGCUCAGCAAUCUUUGUUUGUAUGAUAUAUCGGCAAAUUCACUUGAGUUGGCUACAUAGUAGAUUCUCGUUAAUUUUGCAUAGCUGAUGAGCUAUUUGUUAAGUAACUUUAUUCAGGAUGUAACCCGAGGUCAUUAAUAGUAACUUUUUCUUUUGUAGUAGUAAAAUAAAUCUAAUCUCAUGUAAGUAGACACGCGAUAAUGGAUUUGUGAGACAAAUCACGAGUGUUAUGUAUUUUAUCUACUCGAUUUUCAUUGGUAACCCGUAACCAGCACUGUUUAUUUUAUUCUUUUAAUAUAUUAUUUUCUUCCCA